GUAUUGUGUACAGAGGGAUUUGCCAUUGGUCCAGACAAGAGAUUUGGGGCAGGCGUGGACUGAGCGAAGGUGAAAAUACUUGAACAAUCUCACGAGAAAAUAUGAGAUUUUACUGAUUAUUGUUUACAUUGUAAAAACAUGAGAACCGAACCGAAUCGAUCCGGAUUCAGCUGAAACGCCUGCAACAGCACAACUUCCGAAACAGAUUGGUUUCUUCCCUGCGGCGAGGAAGGCGACUGGAGCCGAACUUUGUUUUGAUCGAGCUGAAAGCCAGGACCCGAAAUUGAUCUCACCGCCGGGGGAGAAAAAGAUAGGGGUAACUAUCGCCUAAAGAGCUUAAAGACAUCAUUUAUACCUGGUGAAAAACGCAGAAUCUCGAGGGUCGCCAUUGUGUGGAGCAAGAUACCCGACAUAGGGACGGUAUGGUCCUCGGCGAGAGGGAUAUGAUGGGGAUCCCCGCCUAAGGAGCACAGCAACGCGGGUUUGGGAUACCCGGAGUUGUCGAGGCCUCCGAGGGAAUCCACCGUCGUCUACCUUGAGCUACACCGCACACUCCCGUGUCUUCAUCGUUAACAGACAGCACGCGAGGGACGCGGCUGUGGAUGCGGCCUAGCCUGGGAGGGUCUGCCGUGCACCGGGGAAACAACGGGGACGGUUUCAGGGUUAACAACAGGCCCUCCAGAGGACCGAAAAUAUAUUGAAUUGCACCAUGAUGGAAGAACUGCAUAGCCUGGACCCCCGACGGCAGGAGCUGUUGGAGGCUCGCUUCACUGGGGUCGGCGUGGCUAAGGGCUCGGGUCAGAACCAAAAUGAGUCAUCCAAUCAGAGUCUAUGCAGCGUGGGCUCGCUCAGUGACAAAGAGCUAGAGACUCCUGAGAAAAAAGCAAAUGACCAGAGAGUGAGAAAACGGAAAGCAGACCAUUUUGACAGCAGCCAAGGCAAAGCAGGUGCAAGGGGGCAUAAAAUUAGUGAUUAUUUUGAGUUUGCGGGAGGUAGCGGUCCUGGUACCAGCCCUGCCAGGGGAAUUCCACCAGUGGUCCGCUCUUCCCCACAACACUCCCUCUCCAACCCCCCUGUCACGAUUGGUCUCAUGUUUUAUCAUGACUGGCAGCUGCAGGUGCAGCAGGGAAGCCCCUCCUCCAUAAGCUCGGUGAACACAGAGCACUCGUCGUGUUCACUGAAGCCUGCUUCUCUUCACAUGCUCCACAAAGCCACACAGUCUGACCUUACCAUAGAGAAACUAACAGCAAUGGAGAACAACAAGAACUCUGACCUGGAGAAGAAGGAGGGCCGAAUAGACGAUUUGCUGCGGGCAAACUGUGAUUUGAGGAGACAGAUUGAUGAGCAGCAGAGGAUGCUGGAACGAUACAAGGAGCGCUUAAAUAAGUGUGUGACCAUGUCCAAGAAACUGCUGAUUGAAAAAUCCAAACAGGAGAAGAUGGCGUGCCGGGACAAAAGCAUGCAAGACAGGCUUCGACUGGGUCACUUCACGACAGUGAGGCAUGGAGCGUCUUUCACUGAGCAGUGGACGGAUGGAUAUGCUUUCCAAAACCUUAUCAAGCAACAAGAAAGGAUCAAUUCCCAGCGCGAGGAAAUUGAAAGACAGAGGAAGCUGUUGGCGAAACGCAAGCCGCCCUCCAUGGCCCAGACCCCACCUCCAAGCCUGGAGCAAAACAAACGCAAAAGCAAAACCAACGGGACAGAAAGUGAAACGUAUGAUGCUUUUGUUUCUCAUUUAUCCAGCUGUUUUGCCCCUGCUGGCAUAUCAGAAGUUGUACUGAGGUUUGUUCUGCAUCCUCACAGGUUAUCACAGGCAGAGUACCACGAGCAAGAGGAAAUCUUUAAGCUACGACUAGGCCAUCUUAAGAAGGAGGAGGCAGAGAUCCAGGCAGAGCUGGAGAGGUUGGAGCGAGUGCGGAACCUGCACAUUCGCGAGCUGAAAAGGAUCCACAAUGAGGAUAAUUCUCAAUUCAAAGAUCACCCGACGCUAAAUGACCGAUACCUGCUACUCCAUUUACUUGGACGGGGAGGUUUCAGUGAAGUUUAUAAGGCCUUUGACUUAACAGAGCAAAGGUAUGUUGCGGUCAAAAUCCACCAGUUAAACAAGAACUGGAGGGAUGAGAAGAAGGAAAAUUAUCACAAACACGCGUGCAGAGAAUAUAGAAUCCAUAAAGAGCUGGAUCACCCACGAAUAGUUAAACUCUACGACUACUUUUCGCUUGACACUGACUCGUUCUGCACAGUCCUGGAGUACUGCGAGGGCAAUGACUUGGACUUCUACCUGAAGCAGCACAAGCUUAUGUCGGAGAAGGAGGGCCGCUCCAUCAUCAUGCAGAUUGUUAACGCCCUGAAGUACCUCAAUGAGAUCAGACCGCCCAUUAUCCACUACGACCUCAAACCUGGUAACAUCCUCCUGGUGAACGGCACUGCCUGCGGGGAGAUCAAGAUCACAGACUUUGGCCUAUCGAAGAUCAUGGACGACGACAGCUACAACUCAGUGGACGGGAUGGAGCUGACGUCACAGGGAGCGGGGACAUACUGGUAUCUGCCCCCAGAGUGCUUUGUGGUUGGAAAGGAACCACCCAAAAUCUCCAACAAGGUGGAUGUGUGGUCCGUUGGCGUCAUUUUCUACCAGUGUUUGUAUGGCCGCAAGCCCUUUGGCCACAACCAGUCCCAGCAGGACAUCCUGCAGGAGAACACCAUACUGAAGGCAACAGAUGUGCAGUUCCCCCCUAAACCAGUAGUCACACCUGAAGCUAAGGCCUUUAUAAGGCGCUGUCUAGUCUACCGUAAGGAGGACCGCAUCGAUGUGCACCAGCUGGCCAGUGACCCCUUCCUCAUGCCCCACAUCCGCAAGUCGGUGGCCUCCUCGGGCACUUCGGGCAUGGCCGUGGCUUCCACAUCCAGCUCCUCCAACAGCAGCGCCUCAAACUGAGCCCAUGCCCCUUAACUGACUGACUGAACCAUUUGAAAGAGUGGGGUGGGGCGGGGGAGACGCUACACUGUGUCCCCCCUCCCAACAGCAUCCCACCUUGCCAUGAAGAGCCCAAGAGAAACAGGUCAGACGACGGCAAGGGGUGGGUGAGAAGGCAUAGACGGGUUGGAAACGGAGACUCACGUCACCCUUAAUAUCGCUCAUGUCCACCCACCCCAGCCUACCUGUCCUCCUUUCUCAAAAGGGUGGCAUUGUUCUGGGGGUCAAAGCCCUGGACGACUCACGCAGUAAGGGGCGAGGUUUGGCACUGUGUUGGUGAAAAGUGGGGUUCAGUGUUUGGGAUUUUUCUUUCCUGCUUAAAAAAGAGAAAAUAAAAGAAGUAUAGAACUGCUUCAGCUUGGCAGACGGAGAGGACUGCGGAAGGCCUCAUAUCCAUACGCACUCACACAUACACCCAUGCAUGAGCCAUUCUGGUCUGAGGUAGUCUGAACUCCCCAAGCUCAAACAUUUUGUUUGUUCUUAUCUCCCUGAACCUAGCUGAGAGAACCAGUCUGGCCUGUUAUUGUAUUGAACCCUAAAUAUCUAUGGCACUAUGUCACCCAACCCGCUGUUCUGGGAUCCUGUGCCCUGCUUAAAUUCCAGACCCAGAUAGUUUGUGACGAGGAGGGACAGAAGCUACUAUUCCCCCUUACCCUCUCCCAUCUCCUCGUCAAACUCCUGUGACCAAAGCUUAUAACUUCCAGUUGGUGGCAGUGUUCCGCCUCCGUUUUUAUAAUGAAUGGUUUUAGAGUCGUGUUACUUGAUAUGGAGUGGAAGCUGUUGAGGAAAUGACCCCUUUUACAUUUUUUAAAAAACUUUUCAAUUUAACCAGUUUUGUGGAGAAAACUGUUGUGUUUUUCAAGUUGCCUUUUAAUUAGAACUGUUAUUGUUUUUGAUUGACCCCCUACCAUAAACACAUAUUUAUUUAGGUAUGUUUGAAUUUAUUUUUGGCCAAUAAAAUGCAAGGGACUGGUUUACCUAAUAGUACUGUUGGGGGAGAUUGGGCCUUAGCAGAGAGUUGCAUAAACCAUUAAAUACUAUUGGUUAAAA